AUGGCAGCAGGGUGGAUAGUGGCGGUGCUAGCGAUGCUGGCGGGCGAGGCCUCAGGGUUCAUGCCAGGCGGAGGAGCAGGAGCAGCAGGAAUAGCACGAAGACAAGUGGUCAAGCCCCCGUCUCCUCUUGCUCGUGCUCGUGGUUCUGUCUUGGGGGGUCAGUACUUGCUGGAUCGAACCGUCCCAUGUCCCGGGAUGCGAUCGCAUUUGAAACUUUCCAAGUUGCAGAUGAAUAACAAGUUUGAGAUUGAGGGGACGAUAGUCUUGAUAAAUCAGCCCAUGACGUUUGACAGCGGGUUCAUGAAGCGAGAGUUUGUAGUGAAGACAGAAGAGAUGUAUCCACAAGAUGUCAAGUUCGAGCUUGUAAAGGACAAGUGCUCUCUCAUUGAUCAGUACCAAGUCGACGACAAGGUCAGGGUGAGCUUCAACAUCAGGGGCAGCCAGUGGCAAGGGCGUUACUUUACCAACCUGCAGGCGUGGAGAAUAGAGAAACUGACAGGCUCUGCGUAUGAGCUUGACCCCGCUGAGAUGGAAUGGGAUGCUCCUGAAGAACCACGCAUGACCCAGUCGCGUCCGAAGUCAAAGACGUUCGACCAAGGAUCCAAGAAUGUUGCAUGGGAUGAUGACAUUCCGUUCUAA